GGUACAGAGCAGACUGGGCAGAGACGAACGGUAAUGCGCUUGAUGUUGGCGACUUCGCAUAAUCUCUACAGGGGAAGUCAACACUUGUCCGGAGAUCCGCAGGGGAAAUGUAGGAUCCCCAAUGCCCAUCGAAAAUAUUUUCCUGAUAUUUUUCUUAGAAAAAACUUGUUUUUGUCGGUUAUAGUAUGGGGGGUAGUUGGUCGUCAAAAAGGUAAAUUGAGCUUUCCGUAGUAAUUUUCCGCAAACUGACUGAUCUAGACGUAUCUACUGGCUAUCGAAGAUCCGGCCAUGCAUGAUCUUGUUCAGCGACUUGACAUAAUGUACUCUCUGGCCACUCCACAUCGAGGUUCAAAUCUGUCAAGACACUUAACAGUGUACUGCGUGUAUCUUUUGGGACCAAGCACUUUGCGACUGUCUUGGAGAUCAACAGCAGUAUGAUAGGCAGUAUAAAUCGAAGUUUCCGCCAUUAUUCGGAGAAGUUGCAUAUAUGGUCCUUUUAUGAGGACCAGGAAACGAAUGUCCCUUUUUGCAAGACAAAGGUUAUCGAAAAAGAAUCCGGGACAUUGGAAUGGCCAAAGGAAGAAAUUGCUUACAUUGGUGGUGAUCAUCGAGGGAUAUGCAAAUUUGACUUGCCUUCACAUCCCAAUUAUAAGACUCUUAGAAAUGCGCCUAGUUUAACGAUCGAUAAUGCUACAGCAGAAGGUAACCUGAACCAUCACCUGAACGUCUUUAUCUCGGUGAUUCUUGAUUGAAGUCACAAAAUUUAAUGUCAAGACUACAUCCGCCGAGCGGCAUCGCCUUCAUAGCUUAUUGGACAUUCAUGAUGUUCCGAAAGAUGAUCGAAUAAUGGCCCGCGAUGAAAAAGUCGAAGGCUCGUGGAAAUUGCUGAUCUUGGGACCAACAUUCGAUUGUUGGCAGAAUCCUUACUCUGACGCACCUCCAGUAUUCUGGCUGAGCGGGGAUCCUGCAUCAUGGAAUUCUAUUUUCGCUGGUCAUGUUAUUGACCAUCUGGAGCAAAACAAUCUUGCAUGUUACUACUUCUUUUUUAAAGAUGGAAUUGCUGCUAAUUCAUCAAUGGCUACUGUCUACGUACCCUUGCACACCAAAUGGCACUAUCUAAUCCUGAGAUCCGCAAAGUUCUUUCAGGUAGGGAGUCGAAUGGUAUCACCAUCAACAACAAUGAUGAAGUUUUAAUCUGGAAUAAAUUGUUUGUUAAUGGGAUCCUUCAAAUUACGAUGAAGGUCUACCAAUACUGGGUCAUCGAUGGGCUCGAUGAGUGCACUCGCUCCCAGGCUCUGCUUCCUAUGCUAGCCAAACUCAUUAAUUCUUCCAAAUUUCGGGUUUGGAUCCUCAUUACGAGGUCUUCAUAGCCAGGUUUUAGAUAAGGGAUUUCUCUGCUUUGGUAGAGUUCUAAUCAACCAAGAAAUAUUUGCCUCGGAUACGAUGGCGAUAAUAAACUAUUCUUGCAAAAACAUAUUUACAAAAUUCCUCCGGACACGCUUGGAAAACGGGAAGGGGGUUAACUGAGCGGAUACUGACUACGUCUUCCGGGUCUUUUCUUUGGGUACGACUCCGUCAUGCAAGAACUCUCGGUAAUCUACACGGAAGAGGAAAUCGAGACUAUUCCCUGGAGGUACCGGUCGAUACGAAUGAAUUCUCUUCAAAAAUUCUGGGGAACUUGUCGCAGGAUCUAAGUGGAGCAAAACUUGCCAAAACCAUCUUCAAAUGGGUUGUCUGCUCAUAUCGAUCCUUGACUGUUACUGGAAAUGUAAUGUGCGCUGAAGCUAGAUUUGAAUAUCACAGUUAACAACCUGCGAAGAGACAUAAGCUCUAUAUGCAGACAGCCUGUCUUCGUUGAUCAACAAUCAUAUGUACACUAAUUCAUCAAAGCACCAACGACUUUUUACUACAAGAGGACCUCUGCACCAAGUUUUUCGUAGACAGAAGGAAGGUCAUUAUCGACUUGCUUGUCUGUUCCUUGACGUUCUAAGUAAGGAUUAUUUAAGAGCGUUCCGGGUCAAACGAUUCGGAGUAUCAACUUCUUCGGCGAGUUUUGGAAAGGAAAUAUUUUGUGGUAGACAGGAUGGUUCUGUCGCUGUAUACAAUACGCACAGUGGCCUCGAAGACACAUAUCUGUACAGACACGCUACAAAUAUUUCAGUAAACAAGAUUGUGUGGGGAGGUAGUGCUAGCAUUCUGGCAACGGCGGACGAACCUGGUGGUAUCAUUAUACAAAAUCUCACAAGAUGUAGUGAAAAGUGGCUACUAUCCCACACUAUUUUCGACUAUCCCUUUUCCAAUGCUGUUACAGGGUUACUGUUCAACCCUGGAAAUAUUAUACUUCUCAUUACCACGGCCACUUCUAGGUAAAAAGCGAUAGUGGAGAGGUUCUACAUCGCCUAAGUACUCAAUUUGAAGGAUUACAAGAUCAGUACCAAUGCGAAUGUAGCCGGCGCAUUCAUUACAUUUUAUCCUGAUUGUGCAAGAGUAUUCGAAUGGGAAAGUCUGGAAGAACUGUCAGGUCCUGAUGGUAUUACUCUUGACAUCCCUUCUACCCCGUCACGUGCGACAAUAACUAAUUUGAUCAAAGGCCCAUAUGCUAUGGUUACGCUGAAAAAAAGUCGUUUGAGACAAGCACCUGCUCAACUUGGCUGUUGGGACACGUCUACCGCUUACCGCUUCUCAACUACCAUUAAAGUACUUACCACCCUCGAAGAGCUUGGCCCAUAUAUCUACCAUAUUAUCAGUUUGAGUGGUGCAAAUUUGUUCUUCUCAACAACUGAUAUCUAGGUCCGUAGUCUCCAUGUGGAGAAAUUCUGGCUGACUCCUGAUAUCAAGCGUCACUUCUUCACUCCGGCCGACUAGAUCCAUCCAACGGACGAAAUGAAAAUUUACCUUCUAGCUAAGGACGGCUUUAUUUUUGUAAAGGAAAAUGAGCUGGCAAAAUCAUCAAAAGGAAUCUCGAGUUACCAAUCAAUAAGACAGUUCCAGUUUCUCCCAGAAAGAAAAUUUGUUUGAGCCUGCUGUACUGGGAAACAGAAAACCCCCUUCAUCUAAAAUUAACUUCAUGAGGCAAUGAUCUAUCAAUUGCGGUCUUUGUAUAAUGCACACAUGGAGUUGGGGCAAUUUCCCUGGUCGCAUUGUGGACAGUCAGUAGAGAGGGAGCAUGCGAAGCUUCUGGGCAGAAAGAACUGAGAUAGGGGAAAUUGAGGCACGAGAAGCUGGUAAAGCUAGGGAACUAGCCACUCGCAGCAUUUUGUCCAAUAUAUAAUUUACCAAAGGGCGUACGGCGUGUACGACUAGACGCCAUUAAUAUAACUUACUCUUCAGAGAUUCAAUGCUUGGACUGCGUCCCCAUUCGACCGUGUUAAAUUCUAACAAAGCAGAACCUCACCCA